AUGAAGAAGGGAGCGAAGAGAAAGGGCGCUUCGAAAGCAGGUCGCAAAGGUGCGGUUGCGGAGAGUCAGAACGACGCCGAGGAGGUAAUUGCCGAGUCUCUGGUUCCGUCGACGCAGGAGAACGGGGAAGAUGCGAAGGGAGACGAGCAUGAGGACGGAGAGAAAGUCGAAGAAGCACCACCGACGCAACCUGAUUCCUUAACGGAGGAGAAUCUAGACGAUGAGGUCAAAGACGACGCUGCUCCUUCCGAGGAGCAGGAGGAAGAUGUAAAGGCCGAGGAAGUGAAGGAGGAUAAGAAGAAGCCUGCUCGUGGUGGUGGUAAGCGAAAGAGGGCCGUCACGAACAAGGAAACCGAGAAGAAAGAUGUGGCUAAACCGGCUCCGAGAGCUAAGAAACCCCGAGCGGCCAAACCACAGGAAGAGCCUGAGUACUUCGAGGACAAACGUAAUCUGGAAGAUCUGUGGAAGGCUGCAUUCCCAGUGGGAACUGAGUGGGACAAUGUAGAUGCAGUUUAUGAAUUCAAUUGGGACUUCAAACAUCUUGAAGAAGCACUGGAGGAAGGAGGAAUGCUCUAUGGGAGGAAUGUCUUUGUUUUUGGCAUUGCAGAACCUCAAUUCUUCCUCCACAACGGUGAAAAAACCUUUGUCCAGGUCCCAACGGUUGUUGUUAUUGAUACACCCUUUCCUCCCUCUGAUAAGCUAGCGGUCACAUCGAUUCAGAGUGCAGUGGAGAAAACCAUUUCAAUGAGUGAGAUGAAAAUGGCCUGGGUUCCUUACAUUCCCUUUGACAAAAGAGAUAGACAGGUUGAUAGGAUGAAGCUUCCAAUCUCUGUCUUGGGCUGUACGCAGAGGAAAGCUGCUCUCAAACAUUUGAAGGAAGAGCGUGUUAAGAUGUUCGAGUAUAUCAUUCCUUAUAUCUAUCAACCAUUUAAGGAAGAUGAACUUGAACAGAGUACUGAGGUCCAAAUAAUGUUCCCCUCCGAUCCUCCGGUUGUAUGUGAUUUCGACUGGGAGUUUGACGAGCUUGAGGAAUUUGUUGAUAAAAAGGUUGAAGACGAAGAAAUAUCUGCAGAGCAAAAGGAUGAAUUCAAAGAAUUCGUCAAAGAGCAAGUCCGGGCAGCAAAGAAAGCUAAUCGAGAGGCAAGAGAAGCUCGGAAGAAAGUAAUAGAAGAUAUGAGUGAGGAGAAGAAGCAAGCCAUUAAAAACAUGAAGUUCUACAAAUUCUACCCUCAAAAUGCACCAGACGCCGCGAAAGACAUGUUGAAGUCGAAGUUCAUUAACCGGUAUUACGGUAAUGCUCAUCAAGUCCUUUGA